AUGGUUUUGGGCUCUGGAGUGUACCGUAUUGGAUCGUCAGUUGAAUUUGAUUGGUGUGCCGUUUCCACAGCUAGAGCAUUGAGAGAGUCUGGCCACAAGACCAUUAUGAUUAACUACAACCCAGAAACUGUUUCGACCGACUUUGACGAGGUUGACAGAUUGUACUUUGAAGAAUUAUCGUUGGAGAGAGUGCUUGAUAUUUAUGAGCUUGAAAACGCUCAAGGUGUGGUUGUUAGUGUUGGAGGACAACUCCCUCAAAACAUCGCUUUGCCUUUACAAGAGCAAGGCUGCAACGUAUUGGGUACUAACCCAGCUGACAUUGACAAGGCCGAAGAUCGUCACAAAUUCUCUCAGAUUUUGGACUCUAUUGGCGUUGACCAGCCAAGAUGGAAAGAGCUCACCUCGGUUGAUGAAGCUGAAAAGUUUGCUGAUGAAGUUGGGUAUCCAGUUUUGGUAAGACCUUCCUACGUCUUGAGUGGAGCUGCCAUGUCUGUGAUCAAUAGCAAGGCCGAAUUGGAGACAAAAUUGUCCAAUGCUGCUAAAGUUUCCCAGGACCAUCCUGUGGUGAUCUCAAAAUUCAUCGUUGGUGCUCAAGAAAUUGACAUUGAUGGAGUUGCAAGCGAUGGUAAUGUUUUGGUACAUGCUGUUUCAGAACAUGUGGAAAAUGCUGGUGUUCACUCUGGAGAUGCAACUUUGGUUCUUCCACCUCAGGACCUUUCUCCAGUUGUUCUUGGAAGAUUGAAAGAAAUCGCUGAUAAGGUUGCAAAAGCUUGGAAAAUUAGUGGUCCUUUCAACAUGCAAAUUAUCAAGGACGACCAUAAUGGAACAUUGGGCGAUGAAGAUUGCGAAUUAAAGGUUAUUGAGUGUAAUAUUCGUGCCUCUAGAUCUUUCCCAUUUGUCUCGAAAGUAUUGGGUACCAACUUUAUCGAUAUUGCUGCCAAAGCAUUGAUCAAGGAAAAUGUACCUGAGCCCGUUGAUUUGAUGAGUCGCCUGUACGACAGAGUCGCUACCAAGGUUCCUCAAUUUUCAUUCACCAGGUUGGCUGGUGCUGAUCCUUUCUUAGGAGUGGAAAUGGCUUCUACAGGAGAGGUUGCAUGUUUCGGUAAAGACAAGGUCGAAGCAUACUGGACUUCGAUCCAAUCAACAAUGAACUUUAAGGUUCCACAACCAGGCUCUGGUAUUCUCUUUGGAGGAGAUUUGACCAAUGAUAAGUUGGGUAAGGUUGCCCAAACAGUAUCUGGACUUGGCUACAACUACUACACUGCAUCUCCUGAGGUUGCAAAAUACUUGAACGACUUUGUAUCCGAAAAAGUUGAAGUUAUUGAGUUCCCCAAGACCGACAAGAGAGCACUUCGAGAAAUCUUCCAAGACAAGCAAAUCAGUGCUGUAUUUAAUUUGGCUGGUGCUCGCGCAGAAUCUUUGCUCGAUGAAGACUAUGUCAUGAGAAGAAAUGCAAUUGAUUUUGGUAUUGCAUUAUUUAAUGAGCCCAACACAACACAACUCUUUGCUGAGUGCUUGAGGGCUAAAAUUAGCACCAAGCCUGACUUUGAUGUGAUUCCAGAUGUGGUGGAAAUCCCAUCGGAAGUGCAAAGAUGGAGUGAAUUUAUUGGUGGAAAACCGGUUUAA